AUGGCUGACAGGAGUCGCAUACAGCGAAAAACGGACAGACAGGCGAAAGAAGCGGGUGAAAAGACCAAGGAUGGAAAGGAAGUGAAGAAUGAAGGAGAAAAUGUUCACGAUAAUGGAGAGGGACCAUCAAGUGAGCUAUUGUCUGCCAAUGAUGUAACUGCUAAUGAUGAAAAUGGAGAUCUUGAGGUUGAGCCAAUGGAACUACCUCCAUUUGAAAUCAUUGCAGGGGAUCGGAUUGAUCCUUUUGCAUUCAAGUUCCAGUUCAAGAAUGUGGAAUACUCCUCAGGCCGCAAUAAGACCUUUUUAUGCUACCUGGUGGAUAAAGGGAAUACAGCUAAUGGGCUUCUAAGAGGCUGUCUUGAGGAUGAACAUGCUGGAUCCCAUGCUGAAGAUGCCUUCUUCACACAGUGCCUGUCUGACUACGACCCUUCACUUAAAUACACGAUCACUUGGUAUAUGUCAUCUAGUCCCUGCUCUGCUUGUGCAGCAAAAAUAGCUGAUGUUUUGAAUACCAAGAAAAACAUCAAAAUGAGCAUAUUUGCUGCUCGCCUGUUUGAGUUUGAGGAACCAGAGAUCCAAGCUGGCCUAAAGUCUCUACAUAAAGCUGGAUGUAAAUUGAGGAUGAUGAAGCCUCUGGACUUUUCCUAUACUUGGGAUACAUUUGUGGAGAAUGAGGACCAACCUCUUAAUCUGUGGGAAGACUGCAAGGACAACUAUGAGUAUUAUCAUGAAAAGCUUUCUGAUAUUCUUCAGUGA